UUAACAAAGAAAACCCCUUCCCAUUUCAUGCUGUCAGCAAUGGCACCACAUGGAAGAAAAAUGUCACAAGGCCUGAGAAAGAAAAUCAUUUCUUUACACAAGAAAGGUGAAGACUACAAGAAGAUCAGCAAAUCUUUACUUAUCAGUCAGAAUACUGUAGCAAAAGUGAUACAAAAAUUUACCAAAGCUGGAACUGCAAUCUUCUCAGAAAGACAUCCAGAUCAUCCAUGGAGGUUAACACCUCAACAGGAGCGUCUUGAUGGUAAGGGUUGAAGAAAAUCGCCAUACAAGUUCACUGCAGUUAGUUAAAGAAGUAGAAAGUCAAACUGGGGUGAUUAUUUCCCAUGACACAAUAUGGCGUACACUACAGAGGAAUGGCAUGCAUGGGUGUCAUCCACGA